CUACCUCAGCUUCAGUCUGACAAAGAGAGAAAGCAGGACAGGUCUCUUGGUGUAGAGAGCAGAACUGCUGCUGCAAAUCAUGCUGCAAUCCAGGGCAUUGGUGAUAGCUCUGAUUCUGCUCCUUAGCACGACUCUCCCUGAAGUGCAUUCAAAGUCCAUCUUUGAGAAAGACCGUCGUGACUGGUUGGUCAUCCCUGAUGCAGUUGCAGCUUACAUCUAUGAAGCUGUGAACAAGAUGUCCCCUAAAGUUGGUCAGUUCUUGGCAGAUGCUGCCCAGACUCCAGCAGUUGUUGUGACCAGGAAUUUCCUCAUCAGAGAAACAACUAAACUCAGUAUACUGGCUGAACAGCUGGUGGAAAAAAUAAAGAACCUGUGGUACACAAAAGUCCUAGGCUACUAG